AUGGAGGCCUCAGAUUUCUCGCAAGCGCAGCUUGCUGCCGCGAUCUCCUCGGCCGCUACCCCGUCAAAGCUCUAUGAUACACUAUCUCCAUAUGAGGAAGAAGCGUAUCUUCUAUCUUUCCAAGAGGAUAGACCGGUCGAGCUCUUGAGCCACUUCUACGCGGCAUAUUUCUUUUCUCAUCUACUCACAGACCAGAUUUACGAAGCCCGCUUUCUUACGAAGCGAAUGCCACAAGACCUGCUGCACACAGACAACUCUUUACAGAAUUGUGUAACGCUUCUGCGGGCGAUCUGGCAGCACAAACACGAGUCGGUCUACAAGAUAUUGCGAGAGUCGCCCUGGCCGGAUCUGCUUAAGCCGAUUGUACAGAGUUAUGAUACAUAUUUUCAGGAUAAGACAUUGAGAGAAGUAAGCAGGGUCUAUGAGGCAAUUCGGCCUGCAGCAGCUGCAAGCUAUCUCGGCCUCGAUCCCGAAUCUACAGCGCGAGGAGACACUGCCGCGAUAGAAAAGCUCAUAGCGCUUGGAUGGACUCGCGACGAACAAUCUGGACUACUUUAUCCCAAACCUAUUGCCGAUGAUUCUCAGAAAGAUGCACGGUCAUACACUGACCUAAGUCAAAUAAUGGCAUUGAUCGGCAGUCACCGGGGCUGA